AGAAACGAACUCAAGAAGCGACGAUCCUACCUGACAAUCAGUUUUCAUCCGAGGCUUCGGUGCAGGAGCCGCGUUACACACUUCCGAAGAAGGUGAACCGAGGUGCAAGGAAUUGUUUUAACGUAUGAUAAACAGGCCGCGCCGUGCGCCGAUAUCCAUAACCGGUUGCCGGGUUUCUCGUCAUGCUGCAGCUCGAUUCUGUCCACACGUCAAUUAACUACCCUUAGCUGUAUGUAACGCGGGUUGGAUUCGUCAUCGUGUAAAUGCAGUGCGAGUCUCUUUAACAGAUAUAUUAUACACAUUUCUUCCAUCGAGGUUGGUGAUUGGUAACCGAGGAAAAACAGUAUGAAGUUAUUCAAACUGACCGCGGCGUUUCUGCUGCUGGUCGCAGCUAUCGUGGCUGCCGAAGAAGAGGAGGAGGGAGGUAAAUCCCGGGAGAAGAGGCAGCAGAUUGCGUUCUAUCCUAGACGAGGUCCUCGGCCACCUCCUUACGCAGUCCAGAUGGAGCCGAUAGUCCAAUACUCCCAGAGAGACCCGCUCUACAAUCCACUAGCCAGUCCGAAGAGCGACGACUCCGGGUACGGCGAGGAGGCGCCGUCGAACAUCGGUUACGGCUACCAGUCCGACCCGGAACCGAUAAUCGAGAUAAUAAUCAAGGAGUCGAACGAGACUCUACCGACCCCUGCACCGCCACCGCAGCCCCAGCAGCCUCGACCGACGAAGGAGCCGAUCCAGGUUUUCUACGUAAAGUACGAGAAGAAGAAGGGCUACGGGGACGAUAAGCCGCGCGUCGUUUACGAUGCCCCGAUACCGGCGCUCACGCCUGUCGAGGAACACGAGGAGCUGAACCAGGAGCGAUCCGCGUACCAUAGUCAGGAGCCCCAAGCCCCCGUCGUCACGUCGCCGGCCCCGCCGCCCGAGCCCUCGACCACCCUGAGGACGAUUAUCCGGCCGGAGAGCGAAGUCUACCACGCCGGAAGUAGCGGGAUUCGGGUGACUUUUGGGACCGAGCAGGUUCCGCCCAACCAGCACAACAAACGCAGCGACCAGGACCAGGACAAGCCUCAAUUUUCACCCCAGAUUCCGCAGCCUGGUUCGCCGAAGCGACAACACGGACCUUACCAGCCCCAACUUCAGCCCAUUUUGCACUCCGUGCAGCAGCAACAGCGCAGGUUUCCUCCGGCUCUCGCCCAGCAGAGAGUGAUAAAUUCGUUUCCACCCCCCCAGAUCAUUUCCGCAUCGCCACCGCCGCAGCAAAUCGUUUACCAACAACCUCAACAGCUACGCAAUCCACCCGGAAGACCUCAGAGACUUCCGAUAACGAUUCAGGGACUCCCCGAGGUCCAGCAACGCGUACCGUUUAACUCGUUCGCCUUCGCUCGGCAGAACUCGCCGCCUAGUCAGCAAGGGAACGGGUUUAACGUCGAUCACCGACACCAACAGCAGGUGUUCAAACAGCAGGAACUCGAGAAGCAGCGGUACUACGAACAGCGAAGACAGCAGGAUCUGCUCAGGCAACAAGAGCAACAGAGGCAGCGAGAGCAGCAGAGACGGCAGCAGGAAAUUGAGCAGAAGCAAAUCCAGGAGCAGCAGAGACUGCAACAGGAACUCGAGCAGAAACAGAUCCAGGAGCAGCGCUUCAGGCAGCAGCAGCAGCAGCAGCAGCAGCAGCAGCAGAUCAAGUACAACCAUCAACAACAGUUCCAGCAAAUUCCUCAGCCCCAGUUCCAGCGCCAGCAACCGGCCCCCGUUCCAACUCCAGCUGCCGAUCGACCAGGCGGUGAGAUUCUGAAGUCUGUGCCCAAGCUGGAGCAGCACUACGCUAUUCGGGAGAAUCCGCUGCACCCUGGACCCUUCCCACCGAACCCACAGCCCACCCAAUUCUCGGAGAUAAUUCCUCAGCAGACCCAAUUCGUUCCGAGUCAGCAGUACAACAGCGUGGCGGAGAGCCAGCUGCAGCAGCAACAGCUGGUCCAGAGGCAUCGUCAAGUUCCGUUCACCGGAGCAGCGAGCGAAAACCAGCAACAGUUCUUCUCGCAGCACCUGUCGGCUCCGGUUCAGCACCAAUCGUCCGGAUCCAAUUCCGCCGGAAACACGCAGUCGAUUUGGGGACGGCCUGUCUUUUCUGGCCAGAGCUCGAGCUUCGGACAGAAAAUAUACGCCACCCCAGUCACCUAUUCCGGGGAUCUCACACCGUCCACGACGCCGACGACCAUUUCUACCACCGCCGAGGUCUACAGACCCUCGACUACGGCGACGCCGAGCACUACCGAGGCCCCCAGUACCACCGUUGCUCCCCCGAAAAACGAAGCCAAGAUCAAACAGAACAUAGCCAAUCUUCCCGACGAGGUUCCUGACGACAUUAGGGAGCAGCUACUCAGCUCCGGGAUUCUCGGCAACGCCGAUAUACAGAUACUUGAUUACGACAAGGUCGGGGACAUACCGAUCGAAAAUCUGCCGCCGGAAGCUUUGGCCAAUUUCUACGGCGCCGGAGGCGGGGCUGCGACGUCGGCCAGCGAACCGAUACCAGCUGUGGUAAAAAGACCGAAGAUCGUUCAGCAGAGCGAGGAAAAAGUUUCAGGGCACAAGAAAGAACUGCCGGCUAAGGUUGAGCAAGCCACGCUCAGGCCGGGAGGCGUCGAGAUGAAAGUGGUACACUUUGACCCGAAUACUGCUCAAGGUCAGGCGAUCGCCGAGCAGCAUAUCAGGGACGAUGCGACUCAUCUCGACCCGGUGAAGAUCGGCCCGAAAGAUACCUCCAAGUACAAUCGGUACCUUCCGCUUAAGGUCAGCGGGGCUGCUUUUCCGCUUCCCGACGUGCCGGAACUUAACGGUAGACGAAUCACGAGCGUCGUCGUCCUCGCACCGGUCGAUUAUAACUUUCAAGGUGAGAGGGAGCCCCAGUAUGGCGAACGGAGCGGUAGGAAAUUUAACGAUGUACAGGCCGUAAGAUUUUUGGCCGGCGAUGCCCUCAAGCAAGUCGUGAAGAAGCCGAACGCCGAAAACUACAAGAAAUGGCUCGAGCAGGAGAGCCGCGCUGAUCCUCAGCGACAGUCCGUCGUUUUGCUCGUCACAACACCCGCUGACGACACUAAAGGCGAAAAGGAGAUCUUCAUGUACGACGUGACCACCCAAGCCGUUAGCAAAUUGGCUGGUGACUUGUCGACGGCGUUUGUUGACGUCGCAGAAAGUAAUUCCGACAACGAGGAUGCUCAGACGGAUAUUAUCCAGGAUGCCUUUGCUUAAAGCACCUCAACUUGCUUUUAUGCUGGCAGUAAUAAUUAGUUAUUUAUCCGAUCAAGCAUUCGAGAGCUGCUUUUAUAAGUCGAGGUGCAAGAAAAAC